AUGGCAAAAGAAAAUGAAUACAUACAUACACAAAUGCUCACAAAAGGAUUAGUGACUUACUUUGAUGUCAUGAAAGAGUGUAAAAUCGACGAAAACGGCGCGCUGAAAGCACUGGGAUGUUAUAAGAAGAACAACGAAAAGAUAAAUGAUUGGGGGUUUGUGAUGGUCGAAAACGAAAACGGGUGGAAGGCGGAAACAGACGCGUCAACACCACUGUUGGUGUCUAAUAAACAAAACUACGACGAACUUCUUAAUUCCUCAAUCAAAGACUAUUUCCAUACCUUGAAUUUCGUCGCAAUUAAAGAGCCAAAAAAAGAAGAAAAGGUCCAACUGAAAAGUUCGAGUGUAGUUUCCGUUAAACCAAUUCAACCCAACGAAUUGCAAAAGGAAGUAAAAAAAAGCGAGAAUAUUGAAAAGAAGGAAACAAAGAAGUCUGGCUCGAUAACUUCAUUCUUCACUGCAAAGGCUAAAAAAGACGUCAAAAAAGAGGCGGUCACUGAUGGAAAGAAGAAGCAAGGAAGCCUCGACUCGUUCUUCAAAGCAAAGGCUGCGCAUAAAGCGGAUACAACAAGUUCCACAAAGAGUGAAGCGUCUUCGAAAAAAAACACAAAGAAGAGAACGCUGAAGGGUGUUGACUCCGACAGCGAUGAUUGA